ACCAACAUUCCAUUAUAUUCCUAAUGGUCUUGGUUGAGUAUUCCAGCACAAGCAAGGAAAGCAAAAGCUAGCAAAAUUUGAAAAAGAGUUAGAGAAUAAAACUGAAAGCUAUUAUAUUUUAUUGUUGAUGGGAUUUGAUUGAUGGGCAAUGUAUUUUUUUUCCCCUUUAAUGGAGCUAAAUAAAGAAGACCUGCAGUUUCUGGUUGAGAAAGCAUGGAGUUUACAUGGUAGGCUCAAUGGUGAAAUCAAAAACAGCAUCAGUUUCUGCAGGUUUUGUCCAGAACAUGGUAGAAACUUUCAUAUUGCCGAGACCCCAUUUGAUGAAAGGGAGAGACUGAUUAUCAUUAGAGAUUCACUGAAGGAGGUUGAAGACAACCUAAUGUUUUUACAGAGUUUAGGGUCUUGGCAAGUGAGAGAAAGGCAUGCUGCGCUGACCCAUCUGGAAGAAAGGAGAUUAGAUCUAAUAGAAAAGGUGACAAAAUAUCCAGGAAGGGAAUUAGAUGUGGUAAGAGAAUUGUAUGCAUGUUUUGGCAAUGAAAAUGCAGAGAGAUUGAAGAGGAAGAAGACCGAAAAAUUUCUAAGUUGUUGCAAUAAUGUUGGAAAGUUUAUUGUUCCGUGGAAGUGGCAAAAUGUUGUUGGAAUCGCAGUCAAAUUUUUAUUAGUCUCUGCUAGCAUAUCUUCUCUGGUUCCUUCUUAUCGUAUCAAGCAUUUAUUUAAAAGUUCAAGUACAAAAAUUCCUUCAAUAUGUAUGGUGGAUUCAACAACAAGAAGACCAAGAAAGAUCCCUCUGGAUGUAUUUUAUGGCAGGGGAUGAGGCUUAAUUUGGUUUUCAUUUUGUUAUAUUUUUUAUCUGUCCACAAAUAUUUCAGAUUGAAUUGAUACGCAAAAAUAUUAAUUAAUUUAAA